AAGCGUGAAGAAGCAUUUACUGACUGUAAACCUAAAAAUACAAAGUUUCACCAUUCUGAACAUCUGUUGUGUCUUUGUCAAAAAAUGGAACAUCUACCACACAGGGUGUAAACAGUUCAAAUUGAUUUAAACCAAAACUGCAUGGCCACUGCACACUUUACAGCAAGUCUUUGUGAAGGCAACUGAGGUUAGUGGUGGGCUUGUCCCAUCUGCAGAUUGGUGUAACACUUGACAGUGAACUCGCAGAAUCUGAGGCACGCUGAUUCAGGUAAACGAAAAUGAUUUAGAACUGCUCUUUUCCAUUCCGAUAUUCAAUUCUAUUCGAAGAGAGUGCCUUGCUUCCUUCCAAAGAAUGGGGGCUAAACCCUUUUUUACCAAACAAACUCGCCCGGCUGUUGCAAACAUCUCAAUGUUUCGGAAAAACCUAUCAAGUCAACACAAAAAUACUAAUAUUCUUUUUCUAAACUACAGCAAUUCGUGCUUCCUCGGUAGAGUUUGUAUUCUUUUGAUACAAGCUGAGAAUGGAUGUCUCUUUCUCCAUGAAGCUACUUUUGGUUUUUGUCAUGUUUGAGUGGAUGGAACAAACAAACGCUUUCAACUCUCCAGGAUGUGAGACAAUUGUAAACAGUACACUGAAAAGUCCUGGUUAUCCGAGUGACUACCCCAGCGAUAUGUACUGCGUGUACUCUGUUCCAAUUCCAAAGAACUCUGCACUGAUUAUCACUUUUGAAUACUUCCACCUAGAGAAAGUUGACGGGUUAUCUUGCACACAAGCUGACUAUGUGCAAAUAAAGGCCAGCACUGGGCAAACUCUUGGGACGUACUGUGGCGAGUGGACUGGGAAAACGGUGACCUCAAUAGGAGAAUAUGCUCUGAUAACCUUCCAAUCGGAUUCAAUGUUUCAAGAACGGGGAUUUCUCAUGAACUUUUGGACUGCCCCAAUUGGUAAUCUAACUUUACCUGGAUUCUCUGACGAGUGUGGCUCAGUGGUGAAUAACACACUGAUGAGUCCUGGAUAUCCCAAAGAUUAUCCCAUAGAAUUGGAAUGCAACUAUUCCGUCCCAAUCCCAAAAGGAAAGGCGAUGUUGGUCACUUUCCAUUAUUUCUUAGUGGAGUUCAUUGACUCGUCAUGCGAGUGGGCCGACUCUCUUUUGGUAACAAAUGUAAAGGGCCAGAAGUUAGGUAAAUACUGUGGGGAAUGGACUGGAAAAGAAAUCCUCGUAACUGGUGACUUUGUAUUUAUGACGUUCAUAUCAGACGCAUAUGGUCAGGAGAGAGGAUUUGAGAUUUACUUCACUGCUGUUCCACUUGGCAACAACACAAUGCCUUCGAGUAUAAAAGAAAAAGAGUGUGGCGCAGUGGCAAAUAACUCUUUGAAAAGUCCAGGCUAUCCGAACGACUAUCCAAGCAAUGCACACUGUGUUUACGUAGUUCCCAUUCCUAAACAGACAGAGCUGAUCAUUUCUUUCUUUGAUUUUGAAAUUGAGGAUACUUAUCUUUGUGUAAAUGACUACGUAGUGAUCUCCGAUGAGAAAAACAAGACUAUUGGUAUUUACUGUGGUUACCGCACCGGUUACCAGAUUGUUUUGGAUGGAAAAUACGUCGUGAUAACAUUCCACUCAGAUUACAGUUUACAGUGGAGAUUUUUGCUGUCUUUCAAUUUUGUCCCGAUAGUCUUGCCAAAAGUUAUGUUACAAGUUUCUGUCAUACGAACACUACCAGGAUACAGGUGGUCUUGCCCUGUCAUUGGAACCACUCCUGUAUACACAGCCAUUAAAAUGAACUCCGUGCUACUUACAAAUACAACAAGAACUGCUACAAUAGCGUUACAACUACAAGGGAAUUACUCCUGUAUCGCCUCAAGCAAGCAUGGUUUGGAUGUUAAAAACUUUACAGUGAUUUUUAAUGAUUGCAAACCUAAGUGUAAUUAUGAGUGGAGGCUCUUUUUCGGAAAUACUCUUCUCUGCAAGAACCUAUCGUCGUCAUUGGACGUAAUUCAGUGUGCUCCUGGAACAACUGAAUUCAUGGAUGUGUCUUCUAGCAACUUAGCCAAUGUUUCGGAUGGAACGUUUUCUCAUCUAAAGUCAAUGCGAUUCCUGUAUCUAUCCUCAAACUACAUUGAAAUUUUUCCAGAAAAACUUUUCUCCCAAAUGAUUCGCCUAGAAAAGCUAAACUUGAAAGCAAAUAAAAUUGCUUCUCUUCCGCAAAAUGUGUUUUCUUCGCAGGAGAAACUACAAGUACUGGAUUUGUCUUCAAACGCCAUUCGGGAUCUAUCAAGAGAAUUAUUAUCUCCACUUAAAAACCUGCUUGAGCUUAACGUGGGGUUUAAUAAAAUUCAGAACAUAUCUGCGGAUAUGUUUUCUCCUCUUACAAGUUUGAAAUAUCUGAUCUUGAUCUCCAACGCUAUUUCAUCUCUACCUGCCGAUGUUUUCACCACACUAGACAAACUGGACUUUCUGGAUCUAUCCAUAAAUGGCUUUGCCUUUCAAGCUGACGAAGCGUUGAUCUUGCCAUUGGAUUUGGAGGAACUAUCCCUGCACGCAAACGCCAUCAUGUUUUUACCAGAAGAUGCCUUUCAUGGCUUGGAAUAUCUUGACUGGCUAAGCCUGAAUAACAACAGUAUUCAAAGCCUCUCCGUCAAUGUCUUUUCCAGUCUUCGUUCUUUAACACAUCUGUUGUUGGCCUCAAAUGAUAUUCAUCACCUACCUGCCAUGUUAUUCAGACGUACAGGACGAUUAACUUUUUUAGACCUCUCUUCCAACAAAAUUUCGGAAAUACCAAGCGAUUUGUUUUGUUGCACGUCUAGUUUAGAGACUUUGUACCUCACGUCAAAUAAUAUCACCAAAUUAAGCUGGGAUGUGUUUGCCAGACUUCCAGCGUUAAAGCUUUUAGAUCUGUCUUACAACAAGAUACAGUACUUACCAGAAGGCCUGUUGUGUUGCACGGGCUGGGCCUUCGAAUAUUUUUCCUUGCAGGACAACUCGUUAAGCUAUAUUUCUAACGAGACUUUUGCUAAAUCUACCCACCUUCAAUACUUAUUCUUGAGCGGAAACAACUUGACGACUAUACCAUACCGCGCUUUCUACAAUUUUAUAAAUCCAGAGAUAAUAAUGUUGUCAGACAACCCUAUAAAGACUAUCGAACAAGAAGCAUUCAAAACUGGAUUUUGGGAUCAUUUCACCCUAAGAAUAUACCUUCUGCGGACGAAGUUGAAGAUAUUGAGUCUGGAGUAUCUCUCUGGCUUGAGUCAAUCGUUUGCUAAAAUAGUGAUAAACAGUAGAACGCUUGCAACCGUGCACUAUUUAUCUCGCCAUAAUGGAAAAACCCUCUGUUCAGUUUACCUGAAUCCAAUUGAUUCUAAAGGAGAAGGUAUCUAGGUCGGGAACAUCGACACUCCCAUUGGAAGGGCUUUUGGUGCUGCUUUGAAAGCGUCAGGAUUUGGGCGCGUUCACGUUAUAACCAAGAACCAGAAUACUCAUUUUCCUUGUCCACUGGGGACAUUUUCAAACUCUUCAACUAAAGGAGAACAGGGCUGCACUCAGUGUACCCCGGGUGGUUUUUAUUCAGAUGCUCUCGCCCACGUUGGGAUAAAUUGCAAGAAAUGUCCAACGGGUUCCUAUGUUCCCUUUGAUAAAGCUCCGGGGAAGCAAAAACAAGAUUGCAAAUCUUGCCCUGAAGGAACUGAAACUGACUUUUUCGCUGGUUAUCGUGCCUGCAAAUGUUUGGAAGGAUUUUACAGAACUCACAUGUUCGAAAAGUGCUUCAAAUGUGGACACGGACUGGAAUGUCAAGAUGACUACGCCUCUCUAAAACCUGGUUAUUGGUGGGAUUGGCAGAACGAGUCACACAUAGAUCGCUAUAAAGAUUUCAUAACAAAUCUCCAGCUGUCUCUCCCGGCAUUAGAUAAUUCCAGUGUCCAACUUCCAUAUCCGCUACCAACACCUUUCAAGUGUCCAGUUGAAGGGUCAUGCAAAGGUGGGUUGAACUCUCAGUGCGAGAAAGGUUAUAAGGGACCACUCUGCGCUGUCUGCAGCUCAGGAUACUAUAAACAGCUACAAACCUGCAAGAGGUGCCCUACGAAGAAGCUAAUGAUCGCACAGUUGGCGAUCAUUGGCGCAAUUUUAUUGAUAAUCGCCGCAGUCGUGGUGUGGACGAGCAUGAGAAAGAAGCAAAGCAAUGAAGAAAGUUCCCCUAUGGACAUUUUUUUAUCGAAACUUAAAAUUGUCAUUGGAUUCUAUCAGGUCACGUACGGCCUACUGGAAGCAUUCUCGUACAUAAAAUGGCCGGGUUCUCUGCAAGUUAUUGGCAAGUAUUCUGAAAUACUCCAAAUGAAUGUCCUUCAGGUUGCACCUAUUGAUUGCCUGUACCCUGGCUUGUCUGUCGAUGCGUUUGGAGACUUAUAUGCAACGAUGGCAAUAAAUGCAGCUCUCAUUUGCAUGUCUGGUGCCAUCUACGUUGUUCGGAGAGUGGUCAUCUUGAAGAAUUCACUUUUGGAAGACCACGAAAAGACAUCUAAACUGUCCGAGGCAAAGAAGGCUAUCUACAGGAAUUUGUUUUUCGUCCUUUACGUCACAUACCUAAGCACGUGCACCAAAACAGCUAAUGUCAUGCCACUGACUUGCCGUGAAAUUUGCCGAGACGAAAAAGAAACGGGAUGCGACAGUUUCCUGAAAGGUGAUUACAGCAUUCAGUGUCACGUUCCAAAAUAUAACAAAAUGCUAAUUGUGGCGUACAUCUCCACUGCUUACAUCUUUGUCCUUCCUCUUGCUUCGUUUCUCGUCCUUUGGAGGUAUCGACGGACAAUUAUACAAACAGAGAAUGGCGAGGAAGAGGAAUCUGGCAUGGAAGUUAUCACAGGACUGCGCUUCCUUUUUGAAAACUACAACCCUCGCACGUGGUUUUGGAACUUAUUGAGAUGUCUCGUAAGGUCAUCCUGACUUCUGGCCUGAUACUUGUGGGGAAAGAGAGCAGGUCCUACGUUGGCCUAGCAUGGGUCAUGGCUGGGAUGUAUGGAAUGCUAUUCUCGUGGAACAGACCCAUACAAGACAAGACCGAGAACAGAAUGAUGGCGACCUCUCUUGCAGUUACCGUUGUCAACUUAGGAAUUGGGGCAGUGAGCAAGAUCCCAGCAGAGAACUUGCCAGGCUCCACUGAUGCGUACGUGGACGAAGUUUUGUUCAAGGUUUUGGUGCUGGGGGCCAACACCUUAGUGAUUGGACAAGUUGCUCUUCAGUACGUCCUGCACUUGUACGGAUACUUCAAGGAAUGGUAACAAAAUCCACAGUGGUCCCUCUCCUGUUUCCUGGCCUUGCUCCUUCCCCUAAGUGGUCUGCAGGGGGAAGUGACUGGUAUGGUUGAGACGGAUGUCAUUGAUAAUCAGCUACAAACAGGACAAGAGGACUUGCCUACUCUCGUUGGUGCUGUAAAGGACAGUGGUGUCGUUGAUGUUACACUCGAGGAAGGUGAACAACAACAACAACAACAACAACAAAAAACCACGUUCAAGGAAGGUGAAGAAAUUGGUGAACGCAAGAACGUUAAGACGACUUGCAAUCGUGGUAGCCAGACGGAACUGUGUUUACAAUCUAUCUCAGGGGAUGCAAGGAGUUUGAAUUCACAUUUCUAAGUUCAAAUAUUCGCUUUCAACGCAGGUACCACCGUCAGCAGAUUCUAUACAGAACAGUUAAAUCUAGUAGAGUAUCUAUAUCUAAUGCCCAGUGGUAAUGAUAGUUCUGUCACUCGAAAAGACUUUAAAAGUUAAGGCAACCACAAGGUAGCUGUUAGCUUAUCCUUAAUUAUAGUUCACCACUAAAUUUUCUCCGAUUCUUAUUGGGUUAAAUUGAUCACGUGACACGAUAGUGUUCAUCCUUGGAGAGACAAUAUCAGCCUUUAUAGUUCACCACUAAAUUUUCCCCCGUUCUUAUUGGUUUAAAUCGAUCACGUGACGCGAUAGUGUUCAUCC